AUGGCAGAAAGCUCGGUGCUCAUUACAGGGGCCGGCGGCUAUGUGGGGAUGCUGCUGGCAUUGCGGCUGUUGGAUGAGAAGCCUGAACCAGCUCGGCUCACGCUGGUGGACUUGGCGUUUCCGUUGCGGCACAUGGAUUGGACGGCACGACUCGAGGACGAGCGCGUCGAGUUUGUGAGACAGGAUCUCACAGACCCUGCCUGCCUCAAGCUCUUUCAGGGCAUCGAUAUCGUCUACCACCUCGCUUCGUAUGGCAUGUCCGGCAGCGCUCAGCUACAGCGCGACCUCGUGCGCGCUGUGAACGUGACCGGCACGCAACACGUCCUGGCUGCUUGUCGUGAGCAUGACGUGCGCGCAUGUGUGUACAUCUCGACCUACAACGUCGUUUAUGCUGGCAACCCUAUCGUAGCGGGAGGGCUGGAUCUGCCCUAUGUGCCGUCCGAUGCUCACGUCGACAUUUAUUCAAAAACCAAACAAGAAGCCGAGGCGCUUGUAUUGGCUGCCAACAAUAGUCCAACUGCCGGUAUCAACCGUCGCCUGGCUACGAUUGCGAUCCGGCCAGCCGCUAUUUACGGCGAGCACGAGACACGCCAUUUUCCACGUAUCAUCGGCCUCUACAACCAGGGACUCGAUUUCUUUGGCAUUGGCAGCCCCGAGGUGCUCUGCGACUGGGUGCAUGGCGACAACCUGGUUCAAGGCAUCUGGCUGGCAGGCCAGCGAUGCUUGGCGCAGGAUCAACAUGUCUGCGGCAAGGCGUUCCCCAUCGCCGAUGGUCAACCCGUGAACAAUUUCUUCUUUAUCCAGGAUGUGCUUGGGUUGCCCAAUCGAAUUCGCAUGUGGGUGCCGACCUGGCUGAUGUCUGUUGUGGCCACGGCGACCGAGGCGGUUCACCGCCUGGUCGGUCCCGUGUUCCCCUUUGAGCCCUUUCUGACUCGCGCCGAGGUUUUCAAGGUGGGCUAUACGCACUUUAUGGACAUGACGCCCGUACGUGCCGACUUGGGAUAUGAGCCUAUUGUGUCAGCUGCUGAGGGCAUUGCUCGCACACGCCAAGUCCUGGCCCCACUUGUGCGCGACGCUCGCACGCGGUAUCGCACUCUAGCAUACCGACUCUCGGUGCCCACGAGCCUGCUUUUUCUCGGCAUCCUCUUUUGGGCUGCGCUCCAGCCGACCCCCGAGCUCAAGCUCUCUUGA